CUCCACACCACAGCCAUGGCCUGCAACAACCUCUGCCGACCCUGCGGACCCACCCCGCUGGCCAACAGCUGCAACGAGCCCUGUGCCCUGCAAUGUCAGGAUUCCCGCGUCAUCAUCAACCCUUCCCCUGUGCUGGUCACCCUGCCAGGACCCAUCAUGACCUCCUUCCCCCAGAACACCGCCGUCGGAUCCACCUCCUCGGCUGCUCUGGGCACUGAACUCAAUGCCCAGGGACAGCCCAUCUCUGGUGGAUUUGGCUUUGGCCUUGGCUACGGCCUGGGAGGCCUGGGCUGCUAUGGCAGAAGGGGCUAUGGCUACAUCUGCUAAGGGCCCUCAGCACCAGCCCUGACACCAACAGCUCUGGCCUCUGGCAACAGCUCCUGCAAGCAAAGCACCUCGGCUGGUGGUCGUCCUACUC